GACACCAACUUGUGCGCCAUUCACGCCAAGAGAGUCACCAUCAUGCCCAAGGACAUUCAACUUGCCCGCCGAAUCCGUGGCGAGAGAGCUUAAGCUAAUUCUCAAUCAAACAAAACAACGGCUCUUUUAGGAGCCACCACAUGCUUAUAGAGUCAAUGACUUCAACAUGCUAACGAUUUAUGUCUUCCUAAUGUGGUGCGCGCUGCACUUUUUCAGUUUAACCAACGAGAACAAAACUAGCAUGGUCUUACAAUCACUAAAAAAUCCUGCUUUUCAUUUCUGAAUUAUAUUAUUAAGGUCCUUGCUUUCUUACAAAAAGCCUGUGAUGAUUAUGUAUGCCGUGACAGUAUUUUAAAUGCACACUUAUACCUCUUCCAUGUGUCACCAAUGAGGCGGCGAUAGUUUUGUUUUAUUUCCCAAAGGACGUUUAGU